AUGAUGCCAUUUGCCACCGCUGAGGCAACGGGUUGCAUUAUAAAAGCCUUCAGUAAAGAAAUGGAUUCAGUCUUCAACACGAAAUUCGCCCAUCACGUUUUACACGCAGCCAUUCGCCACUGUGCAAAUAACCCCGAACUCCGACAAGAUGAGCUCAUCUCUUCAUGUAUAUCAGAUUAUUUGGAUUUCAUGUGGGAGAACUACCCAACAUUCCUCCAGCACCCACACGGCGCACCUGCUUUGCGAAUCUAUAUCCAACUCCUCUCUGGAGUGAUGAUCACUAAGUCCACUCACACCGGUCUUUAUGAGGUCGAUAAAGUAACUCUAACUGAGCCUCUUGAUCCCUCCUACACAAAUCGAAUCACCGAUUUCGCCAACAAAUUUCUCCUUUCGGAUCAAUUCAACGCAUCAGAUCCAGUAGGUUCACUAAUUCACACGAUCAUACCUGCUAGACUUCCAAUGGGUUUCUCCAACCCUGUGGCCGUCUUCUUUUUGGAAACACUGAUCAGCGUUCUUCCGGGGAAGUUGCUACAAAAGCUCAUUCGAAAAAACCUCUUAACGUACACCAUUAGCAAGGAAGAUGGGGAAGUCGAAGUUCCACUGGCUUCUGCACUGUCUGGGCAUGGAAACGCGUGUCGCGUAUUGCGCGCCGCUGUCCGGGCAGUCAAAAGGAUCGAUGAUAUUCAGGCUAUUUUAUCUGCCCUUGAGAAACCGGGUCCAAGUGGUGACGCGGGAUUACUAGAAGCCCUCAACUCUGGUCAGCAUUACCUCCUCACCGUACUUGCAACUGCCAGUCGUAAGCAAAACAGUGAGGCAGUCCAGUUUACGUUUGAGAAGAUGAUUCUUGAAACAUUUGGAUAUCCCUUGAAAGCAAAGAAAACUGAUGAUCAGUUGAUCAAAUCAAUCGUUCGCUUAAAGAGACGGGACACUGCUAGCCCCGAGGUGGAAGGAGAGGAAGUUGGAACGACUUCAGCAGAUGCGCACAAGACGUCCUGCAACCUGGCCGGGUGCCUGCUCGCGGAGGAGAUGCUCACGUUCACCUACCACCGGCCGACGCGUCUUGCGGCCAGUCUGGCGUGCCUCGCGGGUCCCGACAUGUUCGCCUGGGCGCGCCAUCAGAUGCUGCAUCGUGUGCUCGAGGCGGCCCUGCUCUCGCCCUCCGUCCCCGCCGAACGCAAAGUGCGCAUUUUUUCCACACUCAAGGCAAGUUUCAGUUGGCCGGUCCUCGCAAUCGCUUUCGAUUCGAGUUUUACACAAACAGCCCUCAGCGGAAGUUCCCAGCGUGCUGACGUUAGGUUAGACGUCGAAGGAAGACAUGUUCUUCCACAAUUGGGUCCUCUGGCAAUGGAUGCGUCAGGAAGUCGCGUCGUGGAAGCCGUCUGGCGGGCAACAGACUCCUUUCUCCCCGAAACCACCGGACGCUCCACGAAGGAGGAAAUCGCCGAGACACUGGCUCCCCUAGCCGAGAGACUGGCAAGCUCCAAGUUUGGGCGUUUCGUGGAGCAUCUGGUGGCCUCGUCAACCUACCGAACUAACCGCGAGCGCUGGAGGCAGGCCAAGUUGGGUGUUGCUUCUGCAAACAAAAAGGGACAGUCCGCAUUUGGAAAGCGACCGCCGUCGAAGCCGCUGCAGCGGCAGCAAGGCCCCACGAAAAGGCAGAAACGCUAA